AUGCAGAUGAAGCUGAAGCUGUUGAAAGAAGGGUCGACGCCGAGCGUGGAUGUCACUGAGUACCGUAGCCUCAUCGGGAGCCUCAGGUAUCUGUGCAACUCUAGACCCGACCUGGCGUAUGCUGUGGGCUACCUCAGUCGCUUCAUGGAGGCACCACGCCAAGAGCACCUCGCCGCCGUCAAGCGUGUCCUCCGCUACGUGGCGGGCACGGUGCAUUGGGGCCUGCACUACCAUCCAGGGAGGAAGAAUGAAGGCACUCCGAAGCUGCUGGGCUACUCCGAUAGUGACCUGGCCGGAGAUGUCAACGACCGGAAGAGCACCAGUGGCCUCAUCUUCUUCCUUGCAGGUGGGCCGAUUGCAUGGCAGUCGGCAAAGCAAAAGGUGGUCGCGCUGUCUUCCUGCGAGGCAGAAUACAUCGCGGCCGCUGGAGCUGCGUGCGAGGGGGUUUGGCUGGCACGAUUGCUGGCUGAGCUCGUCAGAGGAGCAAUCCUCGCGCCCAAGCUCAAGGUGGACAACAAGUCUGCCAUCGCAUUGAUGAAGAAUCCUGUGCACCAUGACCGGAGCAAGCACAUUGAUGUGAAGUUUCAUUUCAUCCGGGAGUGCUGCGACAGGAAGCUGAUCGACGUCGAGUUUGUUGGCACAGAACUGCAACUGGGCGACAUCCUCACCAAGGCACUCGGGCGCGUUCGGUUCCAGGAACUUCGUGGUGAGAUCGGCAUGAAAGAUUUAGCCUAG